AUGAAGCUCUCCAUCUUCCUCCCGCUGGCAACAUUCCUCUCCCUCACAUUCGCUGAGGACUUCAGCCCAUGCGCCGUGCGUGAACCCUUUCGAGCGACAUGUCUGGACGAAGGCGCAUUGGUCGCUGGCUGCGCUUCAGUCGUCGACUACCACUGCACCUGCACUAGCCCGGCUUUCCGAGCCGCAGUGACGACCUGUCUGAAGGUUGCGUGUACUGCAGAAGAUGCAGCAAGUAUGUAUUUCCUUCUGAUCAUUUGA